AUGAAAUCAUCACUUUAAGUUAGUAGAAAUACAUACAUCAAAACUCAUAGAAAUUAUUCUUUAAGGCCAACAUCUUCCUUAGCAGAAGAAAACUAAGUAAGAAAUUUCAGAAUGUUUUCUCAAACUUAAGGAUGUUCAAUUACAACUAACUAACCAUAAAGAAUAGAAUUACCCUGUUUUUUUAAUACUCCAGCAAGAUUUAAGAACAUGAAUGUAUAAAUUAAUAUUAGGUAAAGAGAAAAAUAAAAUUCAAUUGUCUGAAAAACAAAAUGAUCCAAAAACUCUUUAAGCUCCUGAAUUAUGUAUUUAUCUACAAUCUCAAAGAAGAUUAAAAGACUAUGAAAUGUUGGCUUUUGCGUGUAAAAGAGGAGGUAAGAUUAAAGAUGAAGGAAGAGCUUAUUAUAGUAUGGGAGUAUUAUUAGAUAAUAUGGGUAAAUGGAAUUAAGCAAUAAAAUAAUACGAAAGAUUUUUAAAAAUAUGCUUAAAAAUAGAUGAUUUGCAUGGAUGUGGUUUAGCAUAUAAUUGUAUAGGAGUAGACUAUUAAUUAAUGGCUGAGAUAAAUCCAAAAUUAAUUGAAAAAGCAAUUGAAUUUCAUAAAAAACAUGAAGAAAUUUCAGAUAGUAAUGGUAAAUUUUUGGCAUCAAUAAAUUUGGGUUUAUGUUACGAUGCCAAUUCUUAGUUGUCUAUGUUUUAUUUUUAGUAAGCAUUGAAACAUGCAAUUAACAUGUAAAGUAAAUUAGGAUAAACAAUAGCUAUUGCUAAUAUAGGACGCAUAGGAUAAAAAGGGUUAUAUGAUAAUGCUGAAAAGAUGAAAGUAUAUGUUUGAUUCAUUUUUAGUUAUUUAUAGAAAAGUUUCUAUAAUUGGCAAAUGAGUUAAAAGAUACAGAAAGUAUAAUCAAAGGACACAUGAAACUUGGUGCAGUUUCUGCUUAAAUGGGAUCAUAUAAUGAAGGAAAAAAUAGUUUUUUAAAGGCCUUAGAAAUGGUUGAAAAUGAUCGUUACUUAUACUAAGAGGCAAAAUGUGGUUUUGCUAUUUCAAAUGCAGAAAUGAAUAUGGAAAAAUAUCUGAAAGAAUAAGCAUAAUUAUUAAAAUAAUGA